AUGAAGUACCUUCUUUACGCCUCCCUGGCCUCGCUGGCCUUGGCUAACCCUAACAAGGGUCCGAAGCCCAAGAAGGUCGACCCGCACAAAUUCCCCAAUGACAUCAAGCUCGACGCCCUCCUCGCCGGUUCCCAGAAACUCCAGGAUAUGGCCUACGCCUAUCCCGAGCGGAACCGCGUCUUCGGCGGCGUCGCCCACAAUGAAACCGUCGACUGGCUCUACGAGGAACUCAAGGCAACGGGCUUCUACGAUGUGUGGAAGCAGCCCCAGGUCCAUCAAUGGACCACCGCCGAUCAGACCCUGACCGUCUCCGGCGAGGAUCUGGAAGCCCAGACCAUGACCUACAGCCCAAGCGUCAAGGUUGAGGCAGAGCUGGCGGUCAUCCCGAACGUCGGCUGCGAUAAGGCCGACUACGCUGGCGUGUCGGGCAAGAUUGCGCUCGUCCAGCGCGGGACCUGCCCAUUUGCUGAUAAAUCGGUGCUGGCCGCUGCUGCCGAUGCUGCUGCCGUGGUCGUGUAUAACAAUGAGGGAGGCCCCAUGAGCGGCACGCUCGGCGGUUCGGUCGACCCCCGCGGCAAAUACGCCGCUAUCGUGGGUAUCUCUAAGGAGGAUGGCGCGACACUCACCACGAAGUUGAAGGAUGGCGCUGUCAAGGCCAGCCUGGUGGUCGACAGCAAGGUGGAGGACCGGAUGACCUUCAACGUCAUCGCGCAGACCAAGACGGGCGACCCCAACAACGUCGUCGCCCUCGGCGGCCACACCGACUCGGUCGACGCCGGCCCGGGCAUCAACGACGAUGGCAGCGGCAUCGUCAGCAACCUGGUCAUUGCCAAGGCGCUCACCAAGUACAAGGUGAAGAACGCUGUUCGCUUCUGCUUCUGGACCGCCGAGGAAUUCGGCCUGCUGGGCAGCACCUUCUACGUCGAGAGCCUCAACGCGACCGAGAUAGCCAAGAUCCGCCUGUACCUCAACAUGGACAUGAUCGCGUCGCCCAACUACGCACUCAUGAUCUACGACGGCGAUGGAUCCUCCUUCGACAUGUCCGGGCCCCCGGGAUCCGCCGAGAUCGAGCACCUCUUCGAGCACUACUACGGCAAGAUCGCCAACAAGAAGUUCAUGGCGACCGCCUUCGACGGCCGCUCCGACUACCAGGCCUUCAUCGAGAACGGCAUCCCCGCCGGCGGUCUGUUCACCGGCGCUGAGGGCAUCAAGACGGAGGAAGAGGCGGAGCAAUUCGGCGGCGAGGCCGGCGUUGCCUACGACGAGAACUACCACGCCAAGGGCGACACCAUGGACAACAUCAACAGCGACGCUUACUUGCUCAACUCCAAGGCGACAGCGUACGCGGUUGCCACCUAUGCCGAGAACCUGGAGACCAUCCCGCCCCGGAAUGCCUCUAGCGUGCAUCAUUUCACUCACAAGCGGGGGUAUAAGGGCCGCCCGCAUACGCGCCGCGUUCCGAAGACCAACGCCCAUGUUCAUGGCACGGGCUGCAUGCAUUCGCGGGUGGAAGCCUAA